AUGCCUCGCGUCAUCGCCGCUGGCGUGCGCGCGCGCGUCCGCACCCCCGCGCCCGCUUCGAUUCACUCAGCGCGCCGCGCGCGCGCGUCUUCCGGCGCGCUUUUGAACGCGCAGCCGAGGCACUCGGCGCGCUCGGUCCGUCGUCCCAGCGCGUGCCGCGCGUCCGCGCGUCGCCGCGACGAAGCCAAGGCUCAAAACGCGCUCGAUGCGGCGGUCGACGUGGACAACCUCGGCUACACCGAACCGUGGGCGGUGGAACUGGUGACGUUUUGGCGCGAGUACGCGGGCGCGAGAGAUCGCGUCGUGCGCGCGCUCGUCGACGUCGGCGAAACGCACCGUGAAAUGCGCGAUCCAGCGCAGAUCGCGAUCGCGGGCGAUCGCCUGCGAAGACUUCUGCCGGACAUCGACGUGUGCGCGGUGUUCGAACGCGACCCAGGGGUUUUGAAAAUUGAAUUCGUCGCCGCGAGUAAACGCGUGCUCGAGUUGCAAGACGUUUUGUGCUCGAGCGAUAUGUGUCGCGAUGUCACCGGAUUGAUCGAGCGUCAUCCGCAAUUAUUACUGGUGGAUGACAUUCACGCCCACAUUGAGCGCGCGGUGGCAAAACUGGCGAGUUUGGAACCGAAUUGCGACGCGCGCGCCGUCGUCGACGAAUUCCCAGAACUUAUAUAUCGCAUCCACUCGUACGACUACGUCGAGAGCUUGCCCAUCAGCAUUCAAAACAUGCUCCUCGACAGCGCGUCCGAGGACGACACCCGCUUGGAAGAUUACGAGCGAAUGUGGGACGAGCGCGAGGCGGCGGAUCGCGAGCGGGAUGAUUUCUUCGCCGACGACGCGAGCGAGUGGAUGGUCGACGGCUUUUGGGAAGGGCCGACCGCCGACUGA